AUGUCUAUCCUUAUUGCGAUCGAUAUCGUCAUGCGUUUGUUUAUGAUCGAGAAAAAAGUUCCCGCAAGAUUAAAGAAAGAUAAAACUGUAGCCGAAGCACACACGUACAGGACUUUUCAGCAAAGUGUUGACAAUGCCAUUUUCGAACAACAAAAUUCGUCUACACCUUCCACCAACAACAUAGUCUCCGAACCACUGCUUGGGAAUAACCAAAAUCAAACUCCACCAGCAGACAACAGGAAGUAUACAAUAGCCUUAGUAACUCUGUUAAAAUCCCCACGCAUAUGGGCUGAUUUGUACGGUGUUUGGGUGACUGUAUUUCUACUCGCAACUGGUAAACUCUCUGAUGUCUGGCCUUCUCGAUGGCUCACUGCAUCAUACUUCGUCAUAUCUGCUGUCUUCACUGUCUUGCUCGUCUUGAUACAUAGGAAUAGCACUGAUCAGAUUGCUGGGCUUGCUAUCCUUCUUACACUUUAUGGUAAUUUUGUCCCAUUCCAAUUAUAUGAUCAUUGCUUCUCGCAAGUCUUCGGUUCAUCACCAUUAGGUGCUGACUUGAGUCGAGCGGUAGCUAGUAUGGAAAAGAAGACGCCCGGAAUUUUCGGUAAGACGGGAGCUAGCGGUCAAGUUUUCUCCUUAUAUACCAGUGCUAGUGCAGCGGGAGUUCUUGCCGGCCCUGCUUGGACUAGUUACGCGUUUGGAGAAAGAAGCUGGAUAUUUUUCGUUUCAAGUCUUGAAAUCUUGACUGCAACUGUUGCAAUUCCAGUUAUUCUAUUCACAGAGCCCGAAAAAUCGGGAAAGAGAGCCGAUGUAGAAGUGGCGGCUGCAGAGUAG